AAUUAAAAAUCUUAAAUAUUUGUCAUUUUGUCAAUAUUGGACAUUUGCUAAUGUAAACAAGAAUUCGAGGACAUAAUUUGAUUUAAUUAUUUUAUCAAGGAUUCAGAUUGUAUCUUAAUUUGGAAUAAUAGAUAUAUUUAGAUAAACAAUGUCGGAUGCAAACGAACGAGAAGAUGCUGCAGGAGAAUCUUUAGAAGAAGCGGGAGCUCUAGAAGCAGAUGUUGGGGCUAAAUUUGACCAGCAGCUUGCGAACAUCGAUCCUAAGCUGAAGAUAGACCUGGAUCCCUUGGCACAUCACCACCUUCGUCCAGAAAUGAUGUUCAUCCGUGAAGAGUUGCGCCAAGCGAAGUGGCAGACGUUGGCGGUACGCCGCACUGCUCUGAAGAAACUUCUACUGAAGGAUUUCAUGCAAGAAGAUUGUGAACUGAGGAAUAUUGGACUCGCCUACGCUCCUCCGGAUCCCUGAGACUGUUACCAAGUUUUAUGCGAAGGAACGAAUAAAGUUUUCGAAUCAUAAAA